UCAAAGAAUAUAAACUUCCUACAAAGUAAACAAAAUAUUUUUAUAAUUAAUCGAUUAUGUAAACCAUUUAUUAAAUUUAUAUGCAAAACAUAAUAAUUGAAUAGGUGUAAAUUGUAAUGCACCAGUGAAUGUAAAAAUAUUUUAAUGUUCUAAAAUGAAAUGUGCGCUUGACAUAUAAGUUAUUUAAUUAUUAUUUUUUUCAAUUAAAAUGGAUUGCAGGGUAGUUCCAGAAACAUUUAUUACAAAGUUCGAAAUAAAUAAACAUUUGUUAUAUGCAAAAAUAUGUUGGGCAAAAAAUGAAAGUGUGUUGUUUAGUGUCCAGUUAUUUAGCGAUGAUCACAGUUGGUCUGGUAGUUUUUCUUUUGAACUGGCCAAGUCAUUUGAAGAACGUCUACAUGAAAAUGCAAUUGAAUAUGCAAACAAUGUGAAGGACGCUUUAAAAAAAAACAGUGACAUGUAUAAGUAUGAAUUCACACAUUCUGAAUCCAAUGCUUGUGAGGCAAAAUUUUGUUGGAAAAGAUUAUUUGCCGACUCCAGUGCAGUUUUGGUUCAUGGUUUCGUAACUCUUCAACAAGAUAAAUCUACUGAAACCAAAGACAGCAUCAUAGAUUACUUACUAAAUGAAAAUAAAACGCUUCAAAUUACAAUAGAAGGUUUAAAAAAAAAUAAUGAGCAGCUGAAUAAUGAAGUAGAUAAUUGCAAGAGCGAAUUUGAAAAGCUUAUUGAUAUUAAGGAAUCCUUAGAAUCUAAUUUAUAUGGUAAAUUUAUCCAGCUUUUAAACUCUAAGAAACGGCGAAUUAAGUUACUGGAGAACCACAUUGCUAAAAUUGAAGGUUCCAACAUUUGAAUGCUGGAGAUUUUAAUUGUGAUAACAAUUAUCAAUGAAAUACUUUAUGUAUCUGAUUUUGUAUACUACAAGUAGUUCCUAUGAAAAAUUAUUUAGUACUGAAUAAUUAUUUAGUUAAGUAUCUUGACAAUAUUGACACUGGGGUAUAAACAAUUGAAGAGACAUUUUAUUGAUAUGAUUACUAUCUAAAUAGUUUAUUUUUUUUUUGACUAAAAUGUUUAUAAUUUUUUAACUUUAUUAACUAAUGUAUUUAUCUAGAAUAAGUUUUAAUACAAGAAUAAGUUUGG